AUGUUUUCCGUCUGUGUCCCGAAUUUUCUAUACUAUUUUGUCACGUAGUGGUCUUGAGCUUGGGGGCUUCCCGGUAAAAUUGCAUCCUGCAGUUGCUGUGUGCACAUGGAUCCUGCCUGGAAUCAAGGCUUUUUCAGUUUUUCCCAAUUCGUUUGUCCACGUCUUCUUCUCAUUUCCCAGUUCCCAUUUCCCAUUUCCAUCCAUCCAUCCGUCUACCACCGUUUCUGCGGCAGGCGGCCAGUCGGGCUUCCUAGAGCAGAUGAUGGCCGAUUAGCUGUGGCAGGAGAAGAUUUGGAGAGGAAAGUUAGGGAGGAGCUCAGCGGCUGGGUCGUCUUCGGCACGAAGAAUCUGUCUGCCGAUAAAAGAGAAUCAGUGGGAGAGAGAGAGAGAGAGAGAGAGAGAGAGAGAGAGAGAGAGAGAGGAUGGACGAUUUAGGGGUUUCAGAAGUCGGAUAGGGUUUCAGGAGGGAGACGAGUACCGGGGCAGGGUUUUCGAGGUCGGACGAACAUGGGGUGGGUUGGGUUUUGGGUUUUCGAGCUGGAUACGAGCUGAAGAGGCGAAAUCUGCUCGGCCCAGCAUUGGGGAAUACAAUUGACGAUCACCGGAACCGACGCGACAUCAAGGUCUGUGUGUGUAUGAGGGUUCCAUUAUCUCUUUCUGCAUUUGCAAUUGGUUAUAAGGUAGACAAGAAAAAAGGACCUCCGAUUGCCAUUCACAUCAUUUCGGUGGUUUCAGUAGGAGGAGGAGGAGAAUUCCCGACAUCGCCGACGUUGUUCUGGCCCUCCGCCUGUAUCGCUCUGCCGAUUUGGGAGCUCCAAGUCAGAUGCGAAGAUUUUGAGAUUUUCGCCAUCGAUCGCCUCCGAGGAAAUAGAGGGUUUUUUUAACCCACAGCCGCCAUGAGAUUGGAAAAGUGUUGGUUAUGCUCCUCCUAUUGUGUAUCUUGGACAUGGUAUUCAGUUUGUUAGGAAUGAUGCAAAGGUUAAGGCAAAAGGGUCAUUGAUGCAAAUGGUUGCCGGAGACUGGAUAAGAUCUGACAAACAUGAAGACGAUCUGGUCAUGCCCCUAGCAAAGUCACCCCUCUGAAAGCUUCCAGAUCCGGGUGACUUGAAACAGGAGAAGUAUCAAACACCUCCUCCAUGGCUAAGUAUGCAUCAUCAUUAUCAUGUGUUGCUGAUAAAGUUGCUGUGGAUUCGGACCUCUUGACUGAAAUCCUGAUUCGCCUACCUGCAAGAUCUCUCGUGCGAUUCAAAUCCGUGUCCAAAUCCUGGCUCUCUCUCAUCGCCAGCAAUUUCUUCGCUCUCCGCCGCAAUCCCGACCCCACAAUCGUCUCCGGCCUUCUCCUGCAUCCCUAUGGUACCAAAACCAAAAUUGAUUUCAUCCCCCUUAUCAACACCAUCAGAAACCCAACCCACCCCCAAUUCACUGAUCUCACUUUCUUUCCGGGUUUAUCAGAUAAUAUACGAAUCAUAAAUUCAUGCCACGGAUUACUAUUAUGCCGUUUUUGCUACACCCGACAGAAAAACCAUAACCCUGAUUAUGCUGUUCAAAAUCAAAACCGUGACCCCAACUACGUUGUCCUCAACCCCACAACCAAGCAAUUCAAAACCCUCCCCAAAUGCCAUGUCUCAGGCCUCAGAGGCCUUACCCUGGCUUUUGAUCCGUCAAAAUCCCCUCACUACAAAGUCGUUUCCGUUUGUGUUUGCUUUCGUCACACUACAUCUAUGUUAACUUGUGCAGUGGAAUACUAUCAUGAGAUCAUGACGUACUCAUCUGAGUCUGGCUCAUGGAAGGCUUCCGGUGUGACGUUCGCAGCCAAAGGCCGAGAACAGUAUACUUCUGGAGUGUAUUGGAAUGGUGCGGUUAACUGGUUCAGCAACUGGGGGAAGGGAGAUUCAGUGUAUUACAAUGUGGAUGAAGGGCGGUUGGGGAUUAUUCCACUACCUCCAAUCCCAGAGGGUAAUGAUUGGUACGGUCGGGAGUUCAGGCAUUACUGGGAAUCUCGGGGCCACUUGCAUCUCGUCGAGAUCAACAGUGGGAUGCAUCGGGUUGAUGUUUACGAGAUGGAGAGAGAUUACUCCCGGUGGUUUGUGAAACUUAGCGUUGAUCUUUAUGCUCUCGAAAUUCCGCGGGACCCUCUGUAUUGUCUGUUUGAUAUACUUUGUGUCGUACGGAUGGAAAGAGAUGAGGAAUCGUUUCUGGUGCUGCACGUACCUGAUAAAGUCUUGCGCUACAGUUUUGGAGAUGGGAAUUUGGAGAAGAUAUGUGAUGUGGUGGCUCCACAGAGUUCUCGUUCAUUGAGAUAUUCCUGGUUUCGUUCGUAUCAGUACAUUGAGUCACUUGCCAGUGUUUGACGGCUAUGUCAAGGUAUGUCCGCGGAAUCUACUUGCCUCUUUUUUUUUGAACUUGAAUCUACUUGCCCCUCGUUAACAGGUACAAAUACCUUUUCGUAGAUUCCGAUAUCAUUUUGGGACGACAUUAUUCAAUUUCUGGUUAAAUGUAAGUGCUGUGUAAUGUGGAAGAACUUUUAUCAAAAUGCUAGCAUUUCUCAUUUGUCUUAGAAGUGAUUUUUGAUGGGCAGAUGAAGAAGCUUUAUUUUCUGGGAAACUGUAGGUUCGCCUCAUUUCAGAGUAGUGUUGUGUGGUUGAAAUAUGGUUGAUUCUCGCGCGGGGGGGGGGGGGGGGUGGGGAGGGGGUGUGAAUGAACUCUGCACAAUCUUGGCCCUUCUCGCGUCUUUGGUCCCUUACUCAAGCAUCUGACCUCGUGAUGGCUCUCGCUGGUCCCUCCGCUCUUGCGAGCUUGUACAGCUCGCGGGGUGAACUUUACAUACUCUAAGGGUCUCGUUGGAUAAACUCUACAUAUUGGGGUCUCGAGACCCUCACGAUGACUAUCACUGGUCCAUCUGCCCUCGCGAGCUCGUUCAGCUCGCAGGUCCUAUCUUGUGUCGCGUGGCCCCAAUUCUCUCUGUGCUUGCGAGCUUGUUCAGCUCGCGGGGUGAACUUUACACACUCUAGGGGUCUCGCAACCUCGGGACCCUUGCGAUGGCUCUCGCUGGUCCAUCUGCCCUCGCGAGCUCUUUUAGCUUGCAGGUCCUAUCUUGUGCCUAUCUUGUGCUGCGUGGCACCAAUUCUCCCUCCGCGCGGCAGUCGCUGGCCAUGUGUCAUUCUCUUGACCCCUCCACACGUUGGUGCAUGAGUGGUCGGUCAAAUUUCUUCGCAAGUCAACGGUCAUAAUUUUGACCGCGCCUACAAUUAGCAACUUCUUUUUACACUAUUUCGAAAACCCAAGGAAUCAAUCGUAUGCAGCAGAUCAUGAAAUCCAUUGAAAAUGAAAAAAAGGAAAAAAAAAACCUUGAUUGGUGGCUCAAAGUUGAAGCUUUCACCGCAUGGCUCAAUACUCGACGGCUAUUAAUUAAUAAAAUUGACGAGGACAAGACAAACAUCCGUGGCAGAAUUCAAAAAUGUUAUUAACUCCAAUAGGGAAACUGCAGAGAACCAACCGUGCAAUUGCUUAAUGAGUAGUAUGAUAGUAGAGCACUAUAUUAAAAUGGUAGAAAGUUGACUAUUAUGGUAUACUUGAUACCCAUAUCUACCAAUGCCGCACAAUCCUCUCUCUGCCUAUAUUCAGGUUGACUUGAAACAGGAGAAGUAUCGCACACCUCCUCCGUGGCUGAGUAUCCAUCGUCGUCGUUGUCAUCUGCUGCUGAAAAAGUUGCUGCCAAUUCCGACCUCUUGAUUGAAAUCCUGAUUCGCCUGCCCAUAAGAUCUCUUAGGAUUUCCAAGUCCGUGUCCAAACACUGGCGUUCUAUAAUUACCAGCCAUUUCUUUGCUCUCCUCCGCAAUCCCGACUCAACAACCGUCUCCGGCCUAUUCCUGCACCCCUAUAGUAUCAACCCCUUCCCCGAGCUCAAUUUCAUCCCUCUUAUCAACACCAUCCAUGAACCCCACCCCUGGUUCACAGAUCUUGCUUUCUUUCCAGGUUUACGAGCCCAUAUACGAAUCAUAAAUGCCUGUCACGGGUUACUAUUGUGUUGUUUUGGCCACAGCCAUGAUGAUAACCCUAAACCCAACUAUUUCAUCCUCAAUCCCACAACGAAACAGUUCAAAAUCCUCCCAAGAUGCCAUCUCUCCAACCUCAUAUGCCCCGCCCUAGCUUUCGAUCCGUCAAAAUCCCCUCACUACAAAGUUGUUUGCGUUUGUUACGUUGAUUUUGCUCC